AUGCCGAUUAAAUUUAAAAAAAUUAAAGGAAUAGGAAUGGGUGGUGGCAUUACAACUCCUAAAGGCAAAACUACACAAGAUCACCUCAAUACGGUAAUGAAGACAUCAGAAUCAGUAUUCUUAAAAGAUCAAGAUUAUGAAUCAGCUAUCAAAUCCGUCGAAAGUUCUUUAUCAAAAUUUCAAACAUCUCAUGCCGAUUUAAUGCUUAUACAUAGCCCUAAACCUGAUCCUCAAAAACGUAUUGAAACUUAUAAUGCCUUACAAAAAUUAGUUAGGCAAAAAAUGGUUAGAAGUAUUUGUGUCUCAAAUUACGAUGUAAAUCAUUUAGAAGAAUUAAUAAGAAUUAAUGGAUAUUCAAAUUACGAUCGUGAUACCGAAACCUUUGUACUUAACGGACCGAAAGUUUGUGGUAAUGCAACAUGUGGUAUAGUCACAGCCGACUCUUUGUCAGUUGGUUCUCAUACAACAAAAGCUU